AUGGACAGUAUAACUUUUCUUAUGGUUGCUCUGCAGCUUUAUGGAACCGGUGUGGAGGGAAAGUUUGUGGAUUCAACUGUAAAGCUUACAGAGAAGGUGAAACUGGAUUGUGUAUAUCCAAAGAAAGCCAUGAUAAUCCAGACAUCCUGGAUGAAAAGAAAUUUAACUCAUAAAGCAAAUAUAGCUGUCUUGCAUCCAAUCUAUGGCAUACAUAUUGAAAACAAUUACAAAGGAAGAAUUCAUUUUCAAAAUGACUCCGGCAAAGACAAGUCCUUAUCCUUCAUCAAGAGCACUUUGGAAGAUGUUGGUGUUUAUUUCUGCUCCAUUCAAACUUAUCCAGAUGGAAUUUGGGAAAAGGUAAUAAAAAUUAUUCAGCCAGCAGACGCCUUUGAACUACCUGAGAAGCAAAAUAAUCUUGUGCUUACUGAGCCAGGAGGAAAUGUCACUUUUACUUGCCCUUAUAAUAUUGGCGAUUCAGUGCAGCAAGUGAUGUGGGAAAGGAUUAAAGCAGAUCGGAUAGAUAGCAUUGCCCUGUGUAACUCGUUAGGGGAGAAGAGCUUUGGUUCCGAUUUCGAGGAGCGUGCACUGGUGGCAUGCGCUCCCGAGGCGGGCUCCACGGUCGUCCUUCGAAACGUUACAGCUUCUGACUUUGCAAUGUACCGCUGUGUAGCUACUGGAAGAAACAGAACCCAUGCAAUGAGUUUUACCGUGGCUGCACCUUUGGAUCAUCAGUGGUUUAUUAUCUACAUAGCUGGAGGAAUUUCUGCUGCUUUUUUACUGUUAGUUUUCCUGCUGAUCUUCUGCAUCACCACUGCUUAUCACAAAAAAAGGAAGAGGAAGAGGAUCACACAAGACUUAGCGAAAGCUUUACACCCUCCUCACACCUGGCCUGUUAAGAGUUAUGGAAGAUCCAAUUUUCAUGGUACAGAGAACACUGAAAGAAGCCGAGAAGAGUCAUCGCUCAGCCAGACAGAGGAGAUUUAUGUCAACUGCAGAAGUGUCUCACACAAACCAAAGAAAAGAUUAUUAACUUCCUUCUUAGUGUGAAGUAACCAAAGUGCAAUCAGUGCAUUUGCAUCUUGCACUGGGUUCUGUUUGCACCGGCUUGAUGCGGAGAGUUAAAGUGGUUGCUUCCAGUGCCGCUCGGGCUGUCACAACUGGGCAGUGCUGCUGCCUGUGCCCGCCUGCUUCACGUUACACCAAGGAUGUCUUUGCUGCUCUGCAGCUUACAACACCAACACAUCAUCUGAUUCAUACGUACAAGAAAAGGCUAUUUGUACCGUUACGAUUUAAGCAU